AAUGAUGGCCGCUUACAACGGUGGCUCCUCGACGGUGGCCGCCCAUCACCCGCAUCUCCACCAGCUCCCGCACCUCCCGCCUCCCCCCCACAUGCACCACCACAACCACCACCACGCGGGUCAGCACCAUCACCUGCAGCACCCGGGCUCAGCCGCCGCGGUGCACUCGGUCCAGCAGCAGCACGGCUCCACGGCUGCGUCCGCGGUGGUGAUGCUCAACCCCGGCCAGCAGCAGCCCUACUUCCCGUCCCCAGCACCCGGACAAGCCCCCGGGCCGGCGGCCGCGGCGGCUCCGGCCCAGGUUCAAGCCGCCUCCGCCGGUGUCAAAGCUCACCAUCACCGCCAGCAGCAACACACGCACCACCUGCAGCCGCUGGUGGACAUCGAGCCGGACAGGCCCAUCGGUUACGGGGCGUUUGGGGUUGUCUGGUCAGUGACGGACCCCGAGACGGAAAGAGAGUCGCCCUCAAAAAGAUGCCCAAUGUCUUCCAAAACCUUGUUUCCUGCAAGAGGGUGUUUCGGGAGCUGAAGAUGCUGUGCUUCUUCAAACAUGAAAACGUGCUCUCUGCUCUGGACAUUCUUCAACCUCCUCACAUCGACUACUUUGAAGAGAUCUAUGUGGUGACUGAACUGAUGCAAAGUGACCUCCAUAAGAUCAUCGUAUCACCUCAGCCUCUGAGCUCGGACCACGCCAAAGUUUUCCUCUAUCAGAUUCUACGAGGACUGAAAUACCUUCAUUCUGCUGGCAUUCUACACCGAGACAUCAAGCCUGGAAACCUCCUGGUCAACAGCAACUGUGUGCUCAAGAUCUGUGACUUCGGCCUGGCCCGGGUGGAGGAGUCGGACGAGUCUCGACACAUGACUCAGGAAGUGGUGACGCAGUACUACAGAGCUCCAGAGAUCCUCAUGGGGAGCCGCCAUUACUCCAACUCCAUCGACAUCUGGUCCGUGGGCUGCAUCUUCGCUGAGCUGCUCGGGAGACGCAUCCUCUUCCAAGCCCAGAGUCCCAUUCAGCAGCUGGAUUUAAUCACGGACCUGUUGGGGACGCCCUCUAUGGAGGCCAUGAGGACGGCGUGUGAAGGCGCUCGUUCACACAUUCUCAGAGGACCUCACAAACAGCCAUCACUUCCUGUUCUGUACACGCUGUCUAGCCAAGCGACUCAUGAAGCGGUCCACCUCCUCUGCAGGAUGCUGGUGUUCGACCCGUCUAAGAGGAUCUCGGCGAAGGACGCCCUGGCCCACCCGUACCUGGACGAGGGCCGACUGCGCUACCACACCUGCAUGUGCAAAUGCUGCUACACCACGUCCUCCGGCCGAGUUUACACCAGCGACUUCGAGCCCGUCACCAACCCCAAGUUUGAUGACGGCUUUGAGAAGAACCUGAGCUCUGUGAGACAGGUCAAAGACAUCAUCCAUCAGUUCAUUCUGGAGCAGCAGAAGGGGAAUCGAGUGCCGCUCUGCAUUAACCCUCAAUCUGCUGCUUUCAAAAGCUUCAUCAGCUCCACGGUGGCUCAGCCCUCUGAAAUGCCUCCGUCUCCUCUGGUGUGGGAGUGACCACCGCCACCACCACCAUCAUCCUCCUCCUCCUCCUCCU